ACUCAGCUCGACAUCGUGGCCGCUGUCCAAGGUGAGGAAGAGGAGUGCGGCGGCGAGCUCUUCGAGUCGGGGCCCUCGCUGCUCGUCUUCCUGCUCAUCAUCCAGGGCGGCAGCAUGGACCUCUCCUGCUACGGCGAGAGGCUGCUCAGCUCCGCGCGCUCCCUCGACCUCCCUCCUCCCCCCAUCCCCGGCCCCAACCUCUUCCUGCUCGAGAAGGAAAUGGAUACUGCUGUCGUUCAGAAGGACUUGGGCCUUCCAGUUGGAGGAACAAUAUUCGGGAAAACAAUACUUACCCUGGGGUUCGGAGCCAUUGGCAUGGAAAUUGCCAAGAGACUAAGACCAUUUGGAGUGAAAAUUCUUGCUACAAAAAGAAACUGGUCAUCAAAUACAGUGUCUUGUGAUCUUGAUGGGCUGGUUGACAAGAAAGGUGGUCCAGAAGAUAUGUACGAACUCGCUCGAGAAGCUGACAUAGUUAUAACUUGCAUGACGUUAAACAAUGAAUCAGUUGGGAUUGUGGAUCACAAGUUCCUGUCAGCUUUGAAAAAGGUACAUGUAUUUUUCUCCAAUAUACUUGUCUGCAUCGUAGGAGAUUUACAUCUUAUUUCUUAA